CCCGUUUAUGAAAGCUAUUUGGUUUUUGUUUUUAAUACAAAGCAUUGAGUUUUUGUGUAUCGUGUUAGAAUUUUGUUGCUUUUUCAUAUCGAAACUUUGUCGCAACUGUCCGGUAACUCUAUCGACACCAAGCAGAGAAAAUUUGUUUUGUGAGUUGAAACGGCACAUAAAAAAAAACGGCGCUCAAUAAGUUACAUAUAGAAAAAAAUGAGCAGCAAAACAAUUAACAAAUAGCGCGCGUUCGGUAUUUCGUUUCUGUUUAUUUGUGUUUUUCGUCAUUUUUCUAACGCGUUAGUUUACGCGUUCGCCUUUCAGCUGGUGUCUUUGUGUCUCGAGCUUUUUUUUAUUUUUGCAUUAGGAACGGGAAAACUUCGUUUGUGAGUUGUGCGGUUGGGGGUGGUGGAGACAUUGAAAGAGAGAGAGUGAGAAGGAGAGGGUGUUGUGUUGCGAAAAGGCGAAAACUUGCACAGUGGCCAAAGUGGUGAGGAAUCAAUAUCGAUGGUACGCACCAAAAACCAAUCGUCCUCGUCCAGCGCCAGCAGCAGCACCAAAUCGCCGGUCAAGAUCAGCGGCAGCGGAGGAGGAGGCGGUGGAAGCGGUAAUAACGGCAGUAAUCGCAGUCGCAGCUGCAGUGAAGCAUUAAUCGAUGACGGCAAGUCCAAUUCAAAUGCGAAAUUGUCGUCGUCGAAUCGUCAACGCUCAACGACAACAACAACGAUAGCGACAUCUACAACGCCAGGCAGCUCACCAGACGACGAUACCACCGAUGAUGCGGACCUAACACCAACGAGUGGCAACGCUUCGCGAACUAUCCGCGGUGGAGGUGGCAACUCGGUGCAUAAACAGAAUCUUUACGUCGUUUCAUUUCCCAUCAUAUUCCUGUUCAACGUACUGCGCUCGCUGAUCUAUCAGCUGUUUUGCAUUUUUCGUUACUUGUACGGCGCCAGCACAAAGGUGAUCUAUCGCAGUCCGCAUCGACGCGACUGCAACAUUGAAAUUGUUGUACAAAACAACUCCAAAGAGCAACAGCAAGCGAUCCUCUGUCCCUUGGAACGCAGCGAGAACGGCACACAGCUGACAGCACUGCAAACACUGCAGACACAGCGACAGCGACCACUAGAGAUGGCAACCAAUCGAGGAGGUGGCGGUGGCUACUCGCCUGGUCCAGGAGAUCCACUGCUGGCCAAGCAGAAGCAUCAUCAUCGUCGCGCCUUCGAGUACAUUUCCAAGGCGCUCAAGAUUGACGAGGAGAACGAAGGCCACAAGGAACUAGCCAUUGAACUGUAUCGAAAGGGCAUCAAAGAGUUGGAGGAUGGCAUUGCUGUCGACUGCUGGAGUGGACGCGGCGAUGUCUGGGACCGUGCACAGCGACUGCACGACAAGAUGCAAACGAAUCUCUCCAUGGCCCGAGAUCGUCUGCACUUUCUGGCGUUGCGUGAGGAAGAUUUGCAAAUGCAACGGCUAACGCUCAAGGAGCAGGAGCAAAAGGAGGUGCAGCAGAAGCCACAAAAGCUGCCCAUGCUGGUAACUGGAGGCAUCCACAGCAACAACAACAGAGUUCUCAACCCCGAGCCUUCCAAACUUAAGCUGCGCACCAGCAGCGGUUAUGGCCCCAAGCCGAGCAGCAGUAGCAGCAACUCCUCGAGAGCUGUGCCAGCGGCCUCAGGCCGCAAGCUGACCAUUGGCAACAAGCGUCCUGGCAAUCUAGCCGUGGUGAACAAAUCUCAGACGCUGCCACGCAAUCUCGGCUCCAAGACAAGCUCCACUUCGGUGGGCGCCGCGCUGCAGCGACAGCCAGGCAAAACGGCAGCCACGCCUCCCGCCGUGCGACGUCAAUUCUCAUCCGGGCGAAAUACGCCGCCGCAGCGUUCACGCACACCCAUCAACAAUAAUGCCAGUGGAGGAGGCAGCGGAGCCAGCACGCCCGUUGUGAGUGUCAAGGGCGUGGAACAGAAACUGGUGCAGCUCAUACUCGAUGAGAUUGUCGAGGGUGGCGCCAAGGUCGAGUGGACGGACAUUGCGGGCCAAGAAGUUGCCAAACAAGCGCUCCAGGAGAUGGUCAUACUGCCCUCUGUGCGCCCCGAGCUAUUCACAGGUUUGCGUGCACCAGCCAAGGGUCUGCUGUUGUUCGGUCCGCCAGGCAAUGGCAAGACGCUGCUGGCUCGUGCUGUUGCCACCGAGUGCAGUGCCACGUUCCUUAACAUCUCGGCCGCCUCGCUUACCAGCAAAUAUGUAGGCGACGGCGAGAAACUUGUGCGUGCUCUCUUUGCGGUGGCACGCCACAUGCAGCCAUCGAUAAUCUUCAUCGAUGAGGUGGACUCGCUGCUGUCGGAGCGUAGUAGCAGCGAGCAUGAGGCAUCGCGACGCCUCAAAACCGAAUUUCUGGUCGAAUUCGAUGGACUGCCCGGUAAUCCGGAUGGCGAUCGCAUUGUGGUGCUGGCUGCUACGAAUCGGCCGCAAGAGCUGGACGAGGCGGCACUGCGUCGCUUCACCAAGCGUGUCUAUGUCUCACUGCCCGAUGUGCAGACGCGCGAGCUGCUGCUCAAUCGUCUGCUGCAGAAGCAGGGCAGUCCGCUGGAUACGGAUGCCCUGGCGCGUUUGGCCAAAAUCACCGAUGGCUAUUCGGGAUCGGAUCUGACGGCGCUGGCCAAGGAUGCCGCUCUGGAGCCCAUACGGGAGCUGAAUGUGGAGCAGGUCAAGUGCUUGGAUAUAAGCGCCAUGCGUCCCAUCACCGAGAAGGAUUUCCACAACUCCUUGAAGCGCAUUCGACGCUCGGUGGCGCCGCAAAGUCUCAACUCGUAUGAGAAGUGGUCGCAGGAUUAUGGCGACAUUACCAUUUAGUUUUUGUCCUUGUUUUUCACUUUUUGGGCAACACCCACCACCACCACCACAAC